ACCGGGUGUGUCUCAUGCGCAUGCGCACAAAGUCCGCCUUCUUUCAUUCUCUAACGUUCCAUGUGGAGGGACUCCAUUUUGUUGGAAUUCUAAAAGGACAUUAAUAAUGAAGACCAUUCUUAGCUCAAAGGUAGUCACUGCCCCCAAAAAUGUCACACUAUCUGCUAAGAAUAGGAUUGUCACAGUCAAAGGCCCAAGGGGUGAGCUAACAAAGUCUUUCCGACACUUGAGCUGUGAAUUGACGAAAGUCGGACGUAACAAGUUGAGGGUCGAUGUUUGGUUUGCCAAGAGAAAGCAGCUGGCAUGUCUGCAGACAAUAUGCAGUCAUGUGAACAAUUUGAUCAAAGGAGUUCAAUUUGGAUACAAGUACAGAAUGAGGGCAGUCUAUGCUCAUUUCCCCAUCAACAUUAACAUGAGCGAUGAAAACAAAACAGUCGAAAUUAGAAACUUCCUCGGAGAGAAGUACACUCGCGUUGUCAAGAUGCUUGAUGGGGUCACCUGCAAGCAUGCCACAGUCAAGGACGAGAUUGAGCUGUUUGGUAAUGACAUAGAGAAAGUCUCGUUAUCUGCUGCUCUGAUUCAUCAAGCUGUACUAGUCAAGAGGAAAGAUAUUCGCAAGUUUCUUGAUGGCAUAUACGUCUCUGAAAAGACUACGAUAGAUCCUGUAGUUUAAAUUUGUUGAAAAGAAGCAAUGAUGUUUUUGAAAAAUAAUUAUUAUUCACGGCA